CCAAAUAUAUACGCUCACAUAAAUAACUCUAUCUCACGCAUGAACAAGUUUUGCCGCGCUGCGUCGCUUCCUCUUCGGUCGAGCGCUUCCUCCCUCGCGACCAAAUGCCACCACCUAUCUCAGCCCAACUCGUGCUCGGCGUUGCGGGCGACUUGCUGACACCGGACGAGGAGCGCACCCAUUAUCUGACCAAGGUCGGCGGCGCGGCGUGGGUGCCAGCCGGCCCCUUGGGUGAUGCAGUCGACUGGGGCUGCGCCGCCCGCUGCGGCGUGUGCAGCAAGCCGCUGUCGCUGGUGCUGCAGGCGUAUGCCCCCCUAGCCGCGGAGGCGGCCCCUGCCCCUGCUACUGCUCCUGCGCCUGCUACUGCCGCCGCCGCCGCCGCGUGUGACGAGCGUGUGCUGCUGCUGCUGGGCUGCUGCCAGCCCGGCUGCGGCGCCGCCCCCGGCAGCUGGCGCGCCUUCCGGGUGCAGCUGCCGCCGCCGCCGCCGCCACAGCAGCAGCAGCACCAGCAGCAGCAGCACCAGCAGCAGCACCAGCAGCAGCUGUCGGCCCCGGGCCCGGCUGCGGCGCCCACCAGCUCAGCCGGCGGUCACCAGCCGCAGCCGCCGCAGCCAGCGGCAGCCGCCGACCCCUUUAUGGGUGGCUUCGGGGCCGCUGACGGCGCGGCGGCGGAUGCGUUCGGCGCGGCACCCGGCUUUGGCGAUGGCGGGUUCGGGUUCGGGGAGGGGGCCGAGUUCGGGGCCGCGGACGGCUUUGGCGCCGCUGCCGGCUUCGGAUUCGGUGGAGAGGACACAGGGGCAGCUGGUGCGGCAGCAGCAGGCGGGGCCGCAGCAGCAGUAGCAGCAGGGGGCGCGGCGCUGGAUUUCGGCGACCUUGGCGACGCGCUGGAGGCGGCUGCGGAGCGGCAGGCGGAGGCGCAGCCGCACCAGCACCACAAGCAACGAGCCGGCAAGGCGGAAGCGGCGGCGGUGUCGGGCAGGGAGGGCGGCGGCUCGGGCGCGGGUGUGCCCAGCUGCUGCCUGGGGGCUGCGGGGUGCUGCCUGGGGCCGCCGCUGCCUGAGUUCCACUUGCUGGCGGCGGAGGAGCCGGCAGCCGCCCGCCCCGCGGAGCGAGACCCCCACGUACAACGGCUUUUGGCGGAGUACCAGCAGCAGCAGGAGCAGCAGCAGCAGCGGGCGGCGGCAGGGGCGGCAGGGGCGGGCCCCUCCACAUCCACGCCGGGGGCAGGCGCGGCAGGCAGCGGGCCGGGGGCGCGGGGGCAGCCGGGGUCAGCGGCCGCCGCGGCCGCCGCUCGGCCGCACGGCAGGCAGCGGGCGGGUGCGGGCCGGACCGGUGCUGGUGCAGGUGCCGGAGCCGCAGGCGGUGACGGUGGCGGUGACUCCGGCUCAGAGGACGAAGACAGUGUUGGUGAUGGAGGCGGGGGUGUGGGCGACGGCGGCGGCAGCGAGGCUGGCUCCGAGGCGGUUGAGAGCUGGGCGGGGGAGGAGUACGAGGAGGACCACGUGCGAGGUGUGGCGGGGCCGUACCUCAAGUUCGCGGCGCGGCUGGCCAGGCGGCCCGACCAGUGUGCGCGGUACGCCCGGCGUGGCGAGGUGCUGUGGCCGGGUCGCGAGCAGCCCGCGCCGCCGGCCUGCACAUACUGCGGCGGGCCCCGCGUGUUCGAGCUGCAGGUGUUGGCGCCGCUGAUGGCAAUGGUGUUGGACUGCGCGGCGGGAGGCUGGCUCACAGGCGAGCAGCUGGCGGCGCACGCAGCCGCCAUCAACGCCGCUGCCAACUGGGACUUUGCCACGGUGGCCGUCUUCACGUGCGCUGCCAACUGCGGUGGCGGCGGCGGCAGUGGCGGCGGCGGCUCGGAGGCGGAAGCGGGGGCGGUUGUGCAGGUGGCGGAGGAGUGGGUGGCGCUGGUGGGCGAGGAGCAGUGCCACGUGGAGGAGGAGCUGAGGCUGAGCGGGAGGUAGCGGGAGUGGAGCGAUGGGGGCAGUGGGGGACAGAGGUGGGGACAGGAGAUUACUGGCGGGCUGAUGCCAGUUGUGGGCUUGUGGGAAGCGGUGUGCGGAGAGGGCGAGUACGUGUGGGCAGGCGCCGUGUGCGUGUAUGGAAGUCGAGUGGACGCGGGGACCAGGAGGCCUGCCACGAGGUCCCUGCGGCGUGCACGGCACAGGGUCAGGGCUAAGGGCCUUUCUUAAGAGUUUGGAGGUCGGCGCAGGGACAUGCCGAAUGCGGUGGACACAGUCAGCUGGGGCGGUGGGCCCAGGUGGAUCCCGAUCGGAUUCCGGCCCU